AGCGCACCCACUACUUUCCGCAAAAUCCAAGCUAUUGAGAUCGGCAACGAUUUCACCAAGGUUACCCGCGUUGUCGAAGCCAAGUAUAGCGAUCUCGUCGAUAACUUGAAGCCCAACCAAGUCAUCGUUAAGAACUUUUACUUGGGCAUCAAUGCCUCCGAUGUCAACUAUACCAAUGCCAAGUACAUUCCCGACAUUAAGCCACCAUUCGACGUUGGUUUCGAAGCCUUGGGUCAAAUUGUUCAGGCCGGUUCUGCAGUUCCCAAGGAAGCUGUUGGCAGCUACGUCCUCCUCUCUCAAUACGGUGCCUUUGCAGAAUAUAUCAGAAUUUCAUACAAGGCAGUGAUUCCUGUACCAAGCUCAAGAAUCGAGCUUUUAUCGCUUCUGACGUCAGGUCUUACUUCAUCCAUUGCACUUGAACAGACGGGUAGAAUGACCACCGGUGAAACUGUUUUGGUCACUGCUGCUGCUGGCGGUGCUGGUCAAAUUGCCGUUCAACUUGCCAAAUUGGCUGGUAACCAUGUUAUUGGCACUUGCUCGAGCGAUGAAAAAGUUGCUAUGCUCAAGUCGAUGGGCUGUGACCGAGUGAUCAACUACAAGAAAGAAGACUUUAAGGCUGUGCUGAGAAAGGAAUACCCCAAAGGUGUGGACAUCAUCUUUGAAAGUGUUGGUGGAUCCUUGGCUGUCAAGGGCCGUUUGAUCGUCAUUGGUACAAUUUCCACAUACUCGGACAAGUCUGGCAUGCAAGGCGAUACCGUCGAUACGCUGAAAUUGCUUGGCAAGUCGCGUACUGUGGCUGGCUUCUUUUUACCCGACUAUCCUCAUUUGUUCGGAUCGCAUAUGCAAAAGCUUGUCAAGUUGCUCUUGAACGGCAAGCUCAAGAUCGAAACGGAU